AUGGAGGCAGUGAAGAGAUGGAGGUCAGACUGGAGGUAUCCCACAACUCUGCUAUGCAUCUAUGGAUUUUUUAGUUCAGUUAAGCCGUUGGAGCCUUUCCUCAUACCAUACCUGACAGGACCCGACAAGAAUCUGACAACUGAACAGGUUAACAGUCAGAUUUUCCCGGUGUGGACAUAUUCCUACCUGUCUGUGCUGGUGCCGGUGUUUCUGCUCACUGACUGGCUGCGUUACAAGCCAGUGGUGGUGUUCCAGGGUGUUAUCCUCUUCAUCACUACAGCACUGCUAAGAUGGACAGGAAGCGUAUCAGCCAUGCAGGCCAUGCAAUUCUCCUAUGGGGUUGUGACAGCCAGCGACGUUGCUUAUUUCUCAUACAUUUACAGUGUGGUAGAUCUGAAGAGAUACCGGAGGGCCACAUCUUACACUCGCAGUGUCCAGCUCCUGGGAUACACAAUAGGCUCUGUGCUGGGUCAGCUGCUCGUCAGCUUCAACCUCAUGUCCUACAACAACAUCCUAGAUUUUACUUUGGUUCUCACUGCUAUCGCUCUCUUCACCUCCUGCUUCCUGCCUAUGCCACAGCAGAGCAUGUUCUUCCACCGACAACACUCAGCACAGAAACCAGCAAUGGCAGAAACAAGGGAGCAUGGAGAUGGAGCGACGGAUGCAGAAGGAAGCUCAAGAUCAAGCACAUCCCUGGAAGAAAUGAAGGAAGAAAAGGUGGUGGGAGGAAAAACAGAGGAUGAUAAAGAGAAGGAGCCAAGAGCUGAAAAUGCUAAUGAACCUGGAGGCAGACAGAGCUGCAGCCAAGUUAUCCUCCAACUAUGGAGGGACUUCCGCCAGUGUUAUUCUUCCAGACAGCUGCUAUACUGGUCACUGUGGUGGGCAAUGGCCACAUGUGGAUAUAACCAGACUGCCAACUAUGUGCAGGUACUGUGGGAGCAUGUGCAGCCUUCUCAGAACUUCAGCAUUUACAAUGGAGGUGUGGAAGCAGCGUCCAAUCUAUUAAGUGCAGCCACAGCCUAUGGUAUAGGCUUCACUGAGGUGAGAUGGGAGCAGUGGGGGGAACUGGCCCUGGGUGGUUUUUCUGGACUUGGGGGAGCUGCACUUUUCCUCAUGACCUUCACAGGCAACAUCUGGGUCUGCUAUGGCGGUUACAUACUUUUUAAGUGUCUCUACAUGCUGCUGAUAACAAUAGCCAUGUAUCAGAUUGCUACUGGCCUGUCAAUGGAAAGAUAUGCACUGAUCUUUGGGGCAAACAGCUUUGGAGCGCUGGUUCUUCAGACAGUGAUCACAUCUGUUGUGGUUGACAGUCGAGGGCUUGGCCUCGCCAUCAUUCCUCAGUUCAUCAUAUAUGCAAGCUACUUCUCGACCAUCUCUGUUGUUUUUUCACUCCGGGGACUAUUUAGUAUUUGGAGAACACAUAGAGACAAAAAAGAGGAAAUCGCUGCAAGCAAAACAGAAAUUGGGGUCUGUGAAGAACACAGAUUUUGAAAACAAUGACACUGCAAAGUGAUUUCAUUGAUUUACACUGGCUUUCUAACAGUUUAAAGUAAAGAAAAAAACUCCAAAUUACUAACUGAAUUAUUAGUUUUUUCCUAUAGAUGCAUAGAAAUGA